GGAUGAUAACAUUUUUCGGGUUUUUCUUCCCAAAUAACCAAUAAACUCGAUUUCUCAAGAAAACAGCAAAAAUGCCGAAAACAAGAGCUUACAACCUCGGUGUACUUUUUAUUCUACUCCUGGAAAACACAUUACAUGUAUUAAGUCAAAAUAAUGUUGCUGGUCCAUUUUCAAACACAGGCAGUGUCGUCAUUGACAAGAGCAACCUAGCUUUAUUCACUCUAUCUGGGAAUGCAGCAGGUGGAGGAGUUCCCGUCACCUUAUCAGCUACUGCUAGGUUUGAAAGUGAUGUUGUAGUAACAUGUACAACAGAUGCUGCAACUGUUGUUGGUUACACCAAGCUAACAUUCACUGCCGGUGGUGACAAUAUCACUCAAGCUGCAGCUCCAAAAACAGGAAAUGUGCCAUUUACAAUAAAUGCUCAAGGUGAAGGCCGUCCAGUUCUAGUCACCUGUUCUGGGGUAUCAACACCUGCUGACCCAACACAUAUCCAACAGUUCACCAAGGCAGAAAGUGAUACAGUAUAUAUCCAAGUCACCGAACCUGCCACGGUAAAUUUCUGCACAUCGUCCAUAACAGUUCCAAAUUUAUUCGGGGUUUUAAGUGAUACAUUCAGACUUCAGUUCAGUGAUACAGUCGCAGUGGAUGGUGUAAGCGUCACAUGUAAAACUUGUACAACGUGUCCUGAUGCUCCUUUUGUUGUUGGGACCUCGCUUGCCAUUACAAUUCCAAGCAAAGUUGCUGCAAUAGGGAGUGAUUCUAUUGAUAUGGCCUACAACUGGACAGGUUCUGGGACAAAUGUAGAGAUUCGCUGUGUUGGGGUAUCACAAAAUGCCGGCAACCAAUACCUCCCGGCAACAUCCCUCGGUGUCUCUGCAACUUUCACUUUCGAGAAGGGAUCUAUAAAGCUUCUUCCUGCAGUGCAGCUGGUCAGAUCCAGGAAAUUCCAAUCGCAACUUGUAUUAGACACCGCACUGUCUAACCAGGCGCAAGAAGUGACCUUUGAUUGUACACUGGAGCAGUUCAAUGACACCAGUACCCUUGCAGACGCAGCUCGCAAUCCAAUCUGUCGGGAACUCUCUGUGAUUCGUGUGCCGACAGCAAAUACAACAGCCGCACCAACAGGUGGCCCUACAGUCCCCACUGUUGCUACAACUGCUGCUACCAAUACUGGUACCAAUACAAGCAUACAAUGGACGCUGAAGACACAGAAAUUUAUAUUCAAGGCAGGGCAGCAUUAUAAAACUGUGGAGGCAGAAAGAUCAGCAUGGCCCGCAUCAACUACUGCUGAACUCCUGUUGCUUUCCUGCUGUGCUCCAAGUGGUAGUGACACUAGUCCUAAGUACAUCAACAAGACAGCUGCAGCUAUGGUGUUGAGUUACCUGGAACCAAGUUAUGAGGUUAACGUAACUGCUGCUGCUUUAGCUUCUAGUUCUGUGGAGACUGAGAUUAAAAACCCUGCCUUCGUCAACCUGUCACCAUGUCCCUGUGACCUCCUCAAGGGUGCGUGCGAUGUCAACUGCUGCUGUGAUACAGAUUGUACGGCAGAUAUGAAUAAAACAAUGAUAUGUAUUCCUGGAAUAUUGGGUGGGGAACGGACAAAUGGCCCCGAGGACAGGACUUGCAAGUCAACACGCUAUUACAAGGAGGACUGGUGGAUGGUCAUGUGUGUUUACUAUGAAAACAACGCCUACUUGGGUCUAUACUACAACAACCAGAAAGGAAUUCAGACCAAGCAAACUUAUGCAUCCACUGUACCAGCAAAGCGAUCGGCGUAUUCAUGGGAGGAGAAAGACAAACGAAACCUCGCAGAGAAUGUUGCAGGAAUUGGUUACAAACAAGGCCUGAGUAUUCAAACAAAUGUGCCGGGUUCGAAUGGGAAAGUUGGAAUUCUCACUCUGCCGCAACGUGUCCUGACUGGCCAGUGCCAAAGGACAGCUCCAGUCCAAUACUUGACUGACGGUAACAGUAACUGCAAUAUCAAGAUGACACAGGCAACAUGUGAAGAAGUCGGCGGACCUUUCAAUGCAAGGAGUUAUAUCACGGCUUCAAGCAUCAGCACGCCCCCAUGUCCAAGUUAUCCUGGCGUUAUGAUGCAAUAUGAUGGAACGGCAUACACAACUGUCAGUACGAAUUACUUCUGCACGACCGAUCCUAAUUUGAGGGGAUAUGUAAAAAACUUAGAAGAUGUCCAAACUGUUUCGACACGUUCGUUGUUUUCAACGACAAUUGUAGAUUAUGCGUCAUGUGAAUUCAAUAAACAUGGACAGUUCGUAUGCCCCAAUAGUACUACGGUGACUACCCCUGCUACAGCAGCUCCCACUCGGUGUGCCUAUGAUGAUGGUCUGAAUUUACCCCCAGGACCCACAUUUGAUGUGACCAACAAAAUCUGUAGAAACGCUGUUCUCGAUGUUGAAUACAAGUUUUAUUGGGCUGGGAAAAGGAUUGUCAAUCUGACGGCGAAUUUUAUAAUGGGGGAUGUGCCAGUUGAAAUGUCUUACACCAAAACGGUCAAGACGUAUUCUACAGAUGCGAAUAAUGUCAGCCAAGAAACCCAGACUGUUUCGACUCUGAGUUACCCCUCUGAAGUGACUCAGAAAUACUCCAUCAAAUAUACCCACGAUUACAACUUCACGCUUCUUCAAGAUGCGAAUGUGGAUGCCACAAAUACAACAGGACAGUAUUCACCUAGGUCAGGUUAUCCAGGAUAUGAGUUCGGGAAGCCUAUAAUUGCUGGUAUUGGCUACUAUAACACAACCACCACUGUCACUGAUCCUGUUGACUACAGCCAAGGAAAUGGUAUUUACUACUAUAAAGUUGAUGCAGAUGGACUCUGCACAACUGCUACCAAACAACCGGCUACAUAUGAUGAAGAGGUCUUGAGUAACUGUGCCAUCUACCUGACUGUCGGUGACUUUGAUAACUGUGACGAACUAAGGAAAUCGACGCUACUUCAUUUAGACUCUAUGAUGCCGGCAAACUACCUCAGCCAGAUAGGUUAUGUGGAUGAUUCCAAUACCACAACUGUAGACCAGCACUGGGUGCAGAUAGUAAGGUCUAAUCUUUCAGACACUGUCCUCCCUGUACCUAUGAAUGCAACCGCCCGUAAUGCAUCUAUCGAAGCGCAGAUUCGCCGAACAGGUUAUCCGAACGGUACCCAUGACAUCUUUAAUGUAAUCGACAAGAUCAAAGGGAGAUGUUCCUCCAUUCCGACAGGGAUUCAUAUAUCAAUAUUCUCUGCUUACACUGGGAACAUCAACGGCCGAGAAAUUCAUCGUAUUGUUGGAGCCGCUAUAUCGUACACGCUGUCGACUCUAGAAAUGAGAUGUGUUGGUUCACAGGGCACAGCAUGUAAAAAUAACUCAGCAGAAACUCAGCGCUUUACAAUGACAGCGACAGUUGACUUCUCCGAUGCACCGAGAAACUCUUCAUAUGGUAUCAGGUUACAUCAAUUCCAAGGCAAAUGUUGGGAGGAGAAAUGCAAUUCUCAGUUGUUUUAUCCAUUCACAAAAUACUAUACCCAAGAAUCGUACCAGUAUACGCUAGCUUGGUUUUUGGUUUUCCUACUUUUUCUUGUCCCAACUUUUAUGGUUACUCGUCCGUGGUGGUGAACGCAUAUGCCAUCUACAACCGUCCAUCUCAUAUCAACAAGUUCAACAUGGUGCUUGACUGUCUAUGUACAUGUAGUCCGAGUUAAAAUUAAUGAUGUGUACUGAUUAAAUUUGCCUCCAGAGGAGUGCCUCUUCCAAUGGAAUGGCCAACUUUGCCAAGUAAUGAGGUCUGACUCUGUUGACUCGACAUCAGGGUGCACAUGAUGGUGAAAAAUGACCAGAGUAUGUUGAACAUUUUGUUUCCCCAUGACAGAGACCCACCACUCCUGGCACUUCUCUGGAAAGAGAUCAAUUGACGAUCUUUACAAAGAGAUCGAAAUAUGUGGUGGAAAACUGAAUUGACCCUCGUUUCUGAGCACGUUAGCUGAUGACGUCUAUAAUAUCAUCAACUGCAUUUGUCACUAGCAUGCCUACUUCCAUUUCUUCAACUUCCCAUCAUCUUCUGCAAAGUAGCAAACUUUGGACAUGGUACAGUCCUGAUCAUAUUAAUGUCGACACCUUCUUCAUUCAAUAUCUCACAAACUAGUGCACCAAUUCAAAUGUGGUUUUCAGGAUAUUAUCCAGAAAUCUUGUUUUCUAUUUCAUUAUGGCAGGAAUGCGAAUGCAUGAGUCUUUCAUUGUGUUUAUAUCAGUCAAUUAAAAAAACCCUUACAAAAAACUACUUCGAACUCUUUUGGCCCCCAGGGGGCCAAACGUGAAAACAUGCGUUUUCUCCCUUAAUACUGGUCCGAAAAAUUUGAAAAAAAUAUGGUAGGUACUUCUUGCAAUGCUUCAUCACAUAUCCUCCGGGUUUUUGAUUUGACUUACUUUUCAAGGUCAAAGAGGUCAAAGUCUGUCGGCGGCACUGCCAUUAGACAAUGGCAGCACAUUUUGAAACCGCUUCAGCCAGAGAUCUCAAAUUUGGUACCCCUGGGUAACCGCUACUCAGAGACCGAAUCGUGGCAUCAUACUCUUCACGGUUUGGCCACCAGGGGGCCAAAAGUCAAAAGUGAAAAUAUGAGAUUGCUCCCUUAUUACUGGUCCGAAAAAUUUGAAAAAAAUAUGGUUGUACUUCUAGCAAUGGUGCAUCAUAUAUCCACCGCGUUAUUUUUCUGACCUACUUUUCAAGGUCGUCUGGCGGCACCGCCGUUGGAGAACGGUGGCAUGUUUAGUAACCGCUUUAGCCAGAGAUCUCAAAUUUGGUACAAAUGCACCCCUGGGUAACCCCUACUCAGACACCAAAUCGUGGCAUCAUAUGAUUCACGGUUUGGCCACCAGAGGGCCAAACGUCAAAAGUGAAAAUAUGCCAUUGAUCGCUUAAUACUGGUCCGAAAUUUUUUUAAAAAAUAUGGUAGGUACCUCUAGCAAUGAUACAUCAUAUAUCGUCUGCAGUUUUUUUAUCUACUUUUCAAGGUCCCUUGGCCCAUUUCAUUUGUCAGUAUUCUUAUAAUUUUGUGUUUUAUUAUUGUUGCGAAAAAUAUUUCAAAAAAAGUUUGAACUUAAAAAGUUUUUUGUAAGGGUUUUUUAAAUGGCCGCUUACAUAAUGACGCACUCAUUUGGUAUGAAUUCACAGCAGAUUCAUACCAUCCAUCUUGAAUGUCGGCAUUAGCCAGGAGUCCUGAGACCGUCUGCUUGCAGGGUGGUUUCCGAAUAGUCAUGUGCCUUUACAUUGUAUUUAGUUGGUACUACAUCAUUCCUCCAGAAAUCCGUGUGUCUAAAGGGUCCUUUGUAAGUGAUAUAUAAUCUGUCACCAGGAUCAUUGUAGGAGACUUCCAAUUGUUUAGAGUGAAUGAUGCAGACAAAUGCAGUCACAUUAAAAAACACAUACAGCUUAAAAACACAACCAAACCCAUUUACAUAUAGGUUUUUUUUUAUUUUGAAAUAAUUUUUUUAUUGCUUGUAGAAUAUUUAUUUGGUUGUUUGUAUGUUAUGAUACAUUAUGUUCAUGCAUGAUAGGAUGUACAUUAUAUGAUACUGUAAACCCGGAAAAUUUUGCACGCCUUUAUUUUCCCAUUUACGGGUAAUUGUGAAAAUAUAUGCCCUUGAAAAAGAAAUUCUAACAGAGAAGUUGUCAAAAUAUGCAAUUUCACAAAACUGCAAAAUCGAAUGAUCGAGAAUAUUCCGGGUUUAGAGUAUAAGACUAGUGAGUGUAGUAAUUUAUCCCACACCUUGGAUGUGACUAGCUGUGUUUUAUAUGAAAUUAGGUUUUUUUUCCACAGUACUUCAAAGAAUACUAUUGUAAAUGUUGAAUGAUGUGUAAUUUUAGCUGGAGAUGAUAUGCUAGUAGGUCAUAGCUGGUCCUGUAUUACUCUGGUAGCAUUAUCAGUUGACAUACAUGUAAUCACUGUAUUGCUAGUUGGAGAGUUUAGUUCCUUUAGUUUGAGGUGACAAUUUCAUUCUUCUUAACCUCUUGAAUCCCGAAACUUGAAAAUCCCCGGAUCCCAGGGUGGUCAUGGGGUUGCGAAAUUAGAUCUGACUUUCAGGAUGUAUAGCACCCGCAAAAGUCCGGUACCGAGGCGCCAUCUACCCAGGCAUGCUCUAACUGACCCUACUGUACAUCAAACACGCUAAAACAAGCAAUAAGCUAGCGUCGCAGCUCAAGGGAAUAAAAAUGUCACUGAGACCGACCUGUGGGAAAAAACGUUAUUUCAAAAUGACCGUCUGGUCGGUCACUGGGAUUCAAGAGGUAUAUUUUAUACUGUAAGUUAUUUGAAGAUAGCGUAAAGUACAUCUAUUCAAUGUCGGCAAGAAGAAAAUACUUUAUUUCCUCUUGAUGUUGGCCAUAGCAAAUUAAGAAGUAGAGCCUAUUUGAGAUUUCAUGUAUAUGUAUUGCAGCAUCCUCAAGGUCUUUGGUAUAUGGUCAAGAAAUGAGUUUUUCUUCAAUUUGCACAAAAUUGUGACAAGAAUAUUGUCAAAAUGUCACUGACCCAUGUAUGAUACAAGAUUACCAUAAAUAGAAGGCCUCGCAGAAGGUAGAAAGUAGUUGGAAUCACUAUACAGUAGAUUCUCUCUAAUAAGGACACCCUUGGAACUGACUGGUGCUGUCCUUUAUACAGAUGUGUCCUGAUUACUGAGGUCAUAUUGAACUUGAAUGACCAAAUUUGCACCAAAAAAUACAAUGUAAAGAGGGUGUGAUAAUUACAGAGGUGUCUGCAAAGGGAGAUUUCACUCCAAGACUUUUCUCCAUUUAUGGCUGAUUAGUAUUGAAGUGUCAAAAAGGGUCUUGCAGGUUUUAUAGAAAGCAUGGUAUUCUUAUCAUGCCUAGAUAUUUUUUGAUACAUACAUUGUAUUGUGCAUAUAAAGCCUUUACAAUAAAA